AUGACCAAGUUUUGGGAACUUGAAGAAAUCCCUUCCGCUCCUUUAAUUUCAGGGGAUGAUCAAAGGGCUGAGUUGAUUUUUAGACAAACUGUUAAACGAACCUCUACUGGUCGGUUUAUGGUAUCCCUUCCUUUUAAAGAAUCGGAACCAGACCUAGGAAAUACUUAUCCUCAAGCCCUCAGAAGAUUUUUACUUCUUGAAUCCCGACUUAUGAAAAAUCCUGAAUUAUACAAUUCUUACUCAGAUUUUAUAAAUGAAUAUAUUCAUCAUGAAUAUAUGACUCUUAUUCCAUUUAACUUGCCCAAACCAAAUAUUUCGUGUUAUUUGCCACAUCAUUGUGUACUAAAACCGGAUAGUAUUAGCACUAAACUCCGUGUUGUUUGGGAUGCUUCGGCAAAGGGUCCUAAAGGUCUUAGUCUUAAUGACACUUUGCUACCUGGUCCUAAAUUACAAAACGAUUUGAGUUCUUUAUUACUUAUUUUCCGUCUUUAUCCGAUAGUUUUCAUAGCCGAUAUAAGACGCAUGUUUUUACAAAUCCUGAUAACCCCGGAACAUAGAAAAUUUCAAAGAAUCUUGUGGCGAUUCUCAGCAAAGGAUCCAAUUCGCGAAUAUGAACUCAAUACAGUUACUUUUGGAGUGUCUAGCUCACCUUUUCUUGCCAUAAGGACCCUUAAUGAACUCGCAGAACGCGAAAAGGAAAACUUUCCCAAUGCAAGUCGUAUUUUAAAACAAAAUACAUAUAUUGACGAUGUUCUCGGAUUUAGCCCUUCUAUUUCUUCAGCCCUUGAUCUUCAAAGGGAGCUAAUCGACUUAUUGAAAUCUGGUGGAUUUCAGUUAGCCAAAUGGGCCUCAAACUGUCCAGAAUUAUUAGCUGCAGUCCCUGAAUCUGACCGCCAAAUGUCUCUUUCUUUUGACAAAGAACAACCAAAUUUUAUCAAGGUUUUAGGCCUUCAAUGGCAUCCAAAAAGUGACAUAUUUACUUAUCAAUACAAACCACAUGAAUCUGAAUGUACAAAACGUACUAUCUUGCAGGUCAUAGGAAGAAUAUUUGAUCCUUUAGGUCUUCUUUGUCCUAUUUUAUUAUUAGCUAAAUACAUUAUGCAACAACUAUGGCUCUUAAAAAUAGAUUGGGAUGAUACUCCUCCAGAACCUCUAGUAAAGUUAUGGACCGAGUUAAAAUCUGAACUUCCCCUGUUAUCAGAGUUUAAACUUCCAAGGCAAAUUAGUCUUGCAAACAGAUCUUGUGACAUCAUAGCCAUAUGUGAUGCGUCUAACAAAGGUUACGCCGCAGUAGUUUAUUUUCGAGUAGAAGGUGGUAAUCAAAUUUCUGUAUCUUUGGUUUGCGCAAGGUCUCGAGUAGCACCAAUUUCAAAUCGUCAAACUCUAGCUCGAUUAGAAUUACUAGGCGCGGUUCUUUUAAGCAAUCUGGUGAGUUUUGUCAUACACACCUCUUCUACUCAUAUUACCAUCAAUAAUAUUUAUGCCUAUACUGACUCCCAAAUAGUUCUUGCCUGGUUAAACUCUCCUCCAGAGAGAUGGCAGACCUUUGUGGGAAACAGAGUAAAUCAUAUACAAAAAAUAAUCCCCUCUUCAUCUUGGUAUUAUAUCCCAUCAGCUAUUAAUUCAGCUGACUGUGCUUCUAGAGGCUUAACAGCUUCUAAAUUGAUCUAUCAUGAUUUGUGGUGGAAGGGCCCUGCUUUUCUUUGGCAUCCAAAAAGUAGUUGGCCCGAUAGUGUAAGGGAUCUUCCAAAAAAGGAUUUUAGCGCUGUAAAUAUGGAGGAAAAACGGAAGGUUUUUACUACGACUGUUGAGAAUCAUACUUUGGAUCUUCUUAUCAAUAAGUUCUCGUCAUUACCUAAAAUUCAACGCAUUUUGUCAUAUUGUCUCAGAGUAAAAACGAAUUUUAAGAAAAAUACUACAAAAUUGUAUAAAAAUCCGAGUCCAGAUGAAAUGUGGAAGUCUUACUCAGUCUUAAUUAAACAUGUCCAAACUUCGUCAUUCCCUGAUCUUAUUUCUAAACUAAAUAAAGAUGUUCCUAUUCCAAAACCUUAUCGAAAACUUUCACCAUUUAUUGACAAGGAAGGAAUGCUGCGUGUGGGUGGACGUCUUCAAAAUUCAGACUUACCCUACUCUGCCAAGCAUCCUCUCCUAUUACCAAAAGUUCAUCCCUUUACUAACCUAGUUAUUGAGUAUACCCAUAACCAACAUUUGCAUCCAGGCCUAAAAACCCUCCACCAUUUAUUACUACAACAAUUCUGGAUCAUUUCUGCUAAACAUGUCAUACAAAAAUUAUUAUCAAAGUGUUUACUUUGCUUUAGAACAAAACCAAAACCAUAUCAGCCCCCUCCAAUGGGAAAUUUACCAUUUCAUCGAAUCAAUCAGUUAAAGCCAUUUUCUCACAUAGCAAUCGACUUUUGUGGUCCGUUUUAUGUAACUCCCUAUCGUUACCGCGGUGCAAAGGUUUUUAAGUCAUAUGUUUGCGUUUUUGUUUGCACAAUAUACAAAAUUAUUCAUCUGGAACUUACAACGACCUUAUCUACAGAAGGAUUUGUAUCGGCUUUUCGCCGAUUUAUUUCACGACGUGGCACUGUAACUGAUUGCUGGAGCGAUCAGGGCAGUAAUUUUAUAGGUUUUAAAAAUCAACUUGUAGAAUUUUCCAAGGAAGCUUCAGAGAAACUUUUAAUUCGUUGGCACCUUGGGCCUCCUCUUUCACCUCAUUUCAACGCGUUGGCAGAAUCGGGAGUUAAGAGUUUUAAAUCCCAUUUUUUAAGAGUGGUUGGAGACCAAAAACUGACUAUUGAAGAAAUGUCAACUUUAAUUUGUCAAAUCGAGGCCAUUUUAAAUUCACGUCCUCUUACGGCACAAUCUACAGAUCCUAAUGAUCUCUUACCCUUAACACCUUUUCAUUUUCUAACACUCGAGCCUCUAAACUCUGGAAUCCCAGACCCCGAUUUAAGUCAUUUGAAUAUAAAUAGACUGUCUAGAUGGCAACUUAUACAAAAAUUACACGCUGAUUUUUGGAAGAGAUUUUCUUUCGAAUACUUAAACACCCUGCAACAGCGCCACAAGUGGUCAAAUCCGUCUACUCCAAUAAAACUUAAUGCUUUAGUUUUGAUUCAGAGCGAUUUAAAAUCGCCACUAAAAUGGCCUCUCGGUCGCGUUAUUGAACUGCAUCCCGGUGAAGACGGACAAAUUCGCGUUGCAACGGUUAAAACUUCAGUGGGCAAUUUUAAGAGACCAGUUAUUAAACUGUGUCCUCUUCCUGAAAAUUAA